UGACAAGAGACCAAGAAUAACCAAAUAUCAUGCAAACAUGGCUUCUUCUAUUGACCAUCUCUUCAUUACAUUGAACAUAGUUAGCCACCCAUGUAUGGUGUAACAUCCCCGGCUAACUGUACAAGAUAUUAUCCACUUUGUUCGUACCUGGACUCACGGUUCUAAAAUGCGUCUGGUAGAGGAAGUAUUCAGUCCCUUAUAAGUCAACCUUAGUUGUAACAUCUCAGGCUAACCAUACUAGAUAUUUUUCGCUUGUCCACAUCUGGACUCAUGAUUUUAAAACGCGUCUAGUAGAGGAGGUAUCCAGUCAAUUAUAAGGCAACCUUAGUUUCCUUCCCCAACUGAUGUGGGAUCUUACAUAUGGAGUCGGGAUCAUGUAAGAAAUUUUCAUUUUUGUGAGAAGAGGUGAAGGUACUUUUAUAUUGUCUAAAUGUUACGUUAUACUCUGUGAAGUUUUUACCUUUUCUCACCUUCUCACGACAAGGGGUUGUUCUCACCGUAGCCAACCCUCUAUGACUUCGACGGGUGUUCCGGCCUCUGUCACGUUGCUGCAAAUGUGCAACAACUCGAAAGAAAUUAGGCAAUUACACGCCCAAUUGGUCUUGUCGGGGUUGAUUAACCGUAGGAUUAACGCAGGGAGGCUAAUUGCAUCCUAUGUUACUUGUGGACAAAAUCUUGAAGCUUUAUCUGUGUUUCACACAAUUCCUUCUCCUGAUAUAUAUGCAUACAACACCAUUAUUAGGGGUUUAAUUUUAGCCAAAUGCCCACAUGAAUCACUUCUGUUUUACAAUAAACUCUUGGAAGAAAGCCUAACACCAGAUAACCAUACUUACACUUAUGUUUUAAAAGCAUGUUCACACCGAAAAGUGCUUUUUGAAGGGAAACAACUCCAUGCCCAGAUCAUCAAGACUGGCACGAAACCCGACACUUAUAUUCUUAGCUCGAUGAUAAGUAUGUAUGCAAGUUCGGGUGAGAUGGGUUUUGCGGAAUCCGUUCUUGGUGGGUUUUCGGAAGAGAAUGUACUUGGGAAGAAUGCGAUGAUUACUGGUUAUAUGAGGCAGGGUCGAGUUGAGUAUGCACGCCAGGUGUUUGAUAAGAUGUCUACAAGAGAUUCUGCAUCUUGGAGUGUGAUGGUAACAGGGUACACGAGAAACGGUAUGUAUACGGAGGCGUUAGUUGUUUUCCAAGAAAUGAUGGGUUCUAAAACUCCAGUAAACGAGUCAACGCUGGUGAGUGCUCUUUCUGCGUGCGGGCAUUUGGGAGCGCUCGAUCAGGGUCGAUGGAUUCAUGUUUAUAUUGAUAGGAUGUGGGAUGAGAGUAUUAGUGUUAAUCUUGGAACUUCCAUUGUUGACAUGUAUGCAAGAUGUGGAUGUAUCGAGUUCGGCUAUGAAUUCUUCAAAAAUAUGCCCGAGAAAGACGUCGUUACUUGGGGGGUCAUCAUUUCCGGCUUCGCCACACACGGAUUAGCCGAGAAAUGCUUUCAACUUCUCGAUGAAAUGGUUGCUUACGGAACGCAACCGAAUGAGGUUAUAUUUGUAGCCAUACUCACCGCCUGCUCUCAUGCAGGAUUAGUAGACUCGGGUUGGUUGUAUUUCGAUCAAAUGACAACUUUAUAUGGUAUUAAACCGUCGGUUCACCACUAUGGGUGCAUGGUUGAUCUUCUUGGUCGUGCCGGAAGGUUAGCCGAGGCCGAAGAACUCGUGUCAACAAUGGCGGAGGAACCAAAUGCGAUUAUAUGGGGUUCAUUACUUGCAGGUUGUCGAAUCCACGGAGAUUCUAGGCGUGGGGAAUUUGCGUUCAAGAAUCUAAUUAGGUUGGAGCCACUUUCAGGCGAGCGGUUUAAGCUAGUGAGUCAUUUGUUGGCAGAUGUUGGACAACGAGAACGUGUACCUAAACUGAGAAAAGAACUUUCAGACCGAAACCUAGAGACAACACGAGGGUCGAGCUUGAUUGAGGUUGAUGGGGAGGUUCAUGAGUUUGUAGCAAGUGAUAUCGAUCAUAGAAGGUAUCAAGAAAUAUAUAGUCUGUUCCAAGGCUAAACCAAGUGUCUUAAGCUUUUUUUAAGCGGUUUGAUCUUCCAUAUAUCGAUAAGAAAAGAUGAAUGAUGGUACCCGAUGACAUGCAUACGUACGUUUGUGGCCAUAUGUUCUGAAUCUGUUUGGUUCGCAGAGUGAAGGGUAAUUUGGUAAUUUACCAUUUUUCCAUCACGAAGUUAUAUAAUGCAAACAACCCCCACCAUCCACCACCCUUGUCAUCAUCGUU